GCAGGCCUGGAAUGCUGCCAGCACCCACCUGGGCUGCCCAGUGAGUGUGAGCUGAAGACAUGCCAGAACAGCACCAGGCUCAGGCCACCCACUUAAAACAUACAACCCGUGCUGCUUGUCAGGUACUACCUGGGCGCCAGGCCAUGUGCUGGGCACUGGGCACAGGUCCCAGAGUGGACAGAGGCCACCCUCCCUUCUGAGUCCCCGCGGCACCCUGACCCAGCCCUGUUCUUAUCGGGGCCCGCGGCGGCACCUGGCACUCCUCCCCGGCAACCUCGGCGCCCAAAGCCAGGGCUCUCUGUGUGCCCAGGUCACUCCAUGUCCUGGCGCAGAAAGGCACACUUGGUAAAUAUUGGCUGAGCGAGGCGGAUGUGCCGGAGCAGGCAGCUGGCAGUGCCCUCUCAGCGGGGAGAGAGGGACGCCUUAGAGAGGGGGGCUGUGUUUCGCAAGGUGGUCACAGGCGGGAGGCUCGGGGGCAGGUGACGCCGUGAGAAGGUGACUUUCCAGGAGCGGGAGAGGGAACAGCAAGGGUGAACAGCAAGGCCAGCCUGAGGCAGGAGCAGCAAGAAGGGUGAGCGGGGAGGGAGACGGGAGAUGUCACAGGGCAGCACCAGCUUAGAUAUUAAAAAAAAAAAAAAAAAAAGUUGAUUUUUAUCUACUCAAAAGGCAGAGUAACAGAGACAGAGACAGACAGAGGUCUCCCAUCUGCUGGUUCACUCCCCAGGAGCCUGGAACUCCAUCCUGGUCUCCCAAGUUGGUGGCAGGGAUCCAAGGGCUCAGGCCGUCCGCUGCCUCCUUCCCAGGUGCAUUAGCAGGGAGCUGGAUCAGAAAAGGCAACCUACGCUCUGGGACAUAGAAUGUGGGCGUGUCCUGCAGUGGCUUAACCCCAUGCCACGCCUCCAGCUCUCACUGGGACUGUGGGAGGAGCCACUCUCGCUGUGGGGGGUGGGGGCUGUGAGGCCGAGGCCACGUGGAGAGGUCCCAUGAGCAGCACUUGCUUGUUGGUGUGGGUGGAGCAGCAGGCUCUAGGGGCUGUGGGGUGGUAGAAGUUAGGGGUGGAGGACAAGAGGGUGUCCCUUCCCCCUUGGCCUGCCAGGCCAGCCAGGGGAGUAGGCCUCGGCCGGCUAUCCUCCUCCAGCCCCCUGCCCACCCAGGCUAGGGCCGAGCUGCCUUGUGCUGGAACUGCUGGCUCAGCCAGUCCUGCCUGCUCCUGGGGGAGGGGCGUUUGCCUGUUGCCAGGCGCCCAGGUUCCGGCCACUGGGCACUGGCCGCAGCCAUGCUGCCCGCGCUGUCCUCGCUGCUGUCGCUGCUCCUGCUGACAAUGCCUGCUCCCUGCCGUUCCUGGACCCGGCCCCUCUGGUACCAGGUCGGGCUGGACCUGCAGCCCUGGGGGUGCCAGCCAAACAACCUGGAGGCCUGCGGGCGCAGCCUGGGCUGUCCUGGCUACUGGCUGGGCCUGGGAGGAAAGAGUAUCUACCCCGUGGCUGGCGUCACGAUCACCACCACCAUGAUGCUGAUGCUCAGCCGGGUGAUGCUGCACUGGUGGCGUUCUCAGGGCGCUAAGGGUGAGGAUCCGCAGGUGACUGUUGGCCCCUGUGGGCCCUGGAAACAGCGGCCCGUGGUCUCAGACCGCGCCAUCGUCCGUGGGGUCCUGCACAUGCUGGAUGCCCUCCUGGUCCACAUCGAGGGCCACCUGCAGUGUCUGGCCACCCAGAAGCAAAUCCAAAUAAAGGAGACUCCCACCCAGCUUGGGUGAUCCGGCA